AUGAUCCAGCAUCUGCCUUUGCCUUCUUUGACUUUCUUCCAUCUUCUUCCAUCUUUCAUCAUCGACUUCUCUUCUUCUUCUUCAUCAUCAUCAUCAUCAUCAUCAUCAUCUUUUCAUCAUCGACUUUUUUUUUCUGCUUAUAAAGAAAAAACCGCCCUUUUCCCUUUUCGGCCUCCAUCUCUUUUCUUCUUCUUCUUUUCUUCUUCUUCGACUCCAACGAAACGAACAAACAACACUCGCAACAACAACGACAACGACAACGACAACACUGACAACAAUAAUAAUAACACCCGGCAUCAAGCAGCUGACAAAGCCGACAGCUCUUCUCUCUCCUCUGACCUCCCGCUUGUCGCUGGCUCUAUAAAAAACCACUCGGUACGCCUCGCUUUCCCCAGCUCUUCCCCGACCCCUCCAACGACAAUACAUACAGCUAGCUUCAAGAACUGCUUACCCGGCAACACACACACACACACAACACUCCAACACUCCUCGACACCACCAGAACACUCUUCUUUCUCUCCCAGAUCAAUCAUGGCUUCCACUGCGACCAACAAGAUCACCUUGACCAGCUCCGAUGGAGUUGAAGUCACUAUCGAACGCCAGGUAGCUGAGCGCUCCAUCUUGAUCAAGAACAUGCUCGAGGAUCUCGGCGACUCCGGCGAACCCAUUCCUAUUCCCAACGUCAACGAGUCUGUUCUCAAGAAAGUCAUCGAGUGGUGUGAGCACCACAAGGGCGACCCCCCAAGCACCGGUGACGAUGACGUCGACUCCCGCCGCAAGACCACCGACAUCGACGAGUGGGACCAGAAGUUCAUGCAGGUCGACCAGGAGAUGCUCUUCGAAAUCAUUCUCGCUGCCAACUACCUCGACAUCAAGGCCUUGCUCGACGUUGGAUGCAAGACCGUCGCAAACAUGAUCAAGGGCAAGUCCCCCGAGGAGAUCCGCAAGACCUUCAACAUCCAGAACGACUUCACUCCAGAAGAAGAGGACCAGAUCCGCCGUGAGAACGAGUGGGCUGAAGAGUAA